AUGGAGCAGACACCGAUUGCGCAACUUAACCCAGAACUGCCCUCGGUGGAAUCGCAGCAUUUCCGGGCCACUGUCACGCUGAUAUGGCCGUACUCGUCGUCGGCACGCCAGCUGGCCCUGCUGCUCGCGGAGCCAGAUCUCCGGCUUAGGCGAAAGAACGGUCAGGUCAGGGCUCGCUUCUCGGGCGCAAGUGCAAAGGCCAUUGCGACAACAGGCGUAGGAAUCGGCGAUGAGGUCGUCUUGAGCCUGCGAGGCGCGCAAUUCGUCACUGAGGGCGCCAUCAGCACGCCCGGAAGGAGUAUCGACUGGGAGCUAGAAUAUGUUCAAACAGUUGUCAUUCGCAUCUAUCGAAACGGCGAAGAAACCGCCAACAUCGAGCUCGUUGAUGCGCCGCCUACUCCAGCCCCUGCAUCACCACUCCGUCGACAAUCUCGAGCUGCUCCAAGCACAUCGCUACAAUACUCGUCUCCUGCCUUUUUGAAGCGCACACGCCUGUCUGACGGGCCCUUCUUCGAGCCGCCUUACGAUCCCCUAGCCGACGAAACAGGCGAAGGCCAUGACAAAAAGCGACGGAGGAAAUCGUAUCGAGAUUGGAAGGCAUGGACAUAUAGUGCGAGGACACCCUCGCCAGAGAAAGAGGAUGAGGCUAUGGACGAGGAAAUGGAGUGGCUUGAGGCAUCACCCAGCCGCCCAGCACAGCUCCCUCAAACACCUACCUCGCCCUCAAAAUCCGCCACCGCAUCCAAAUCCGCCAAGUUGUUGCGUGCUCAAGGUACUAAGCCAACAACAGCGCCGAUUUCAGCAGAGGAGACCACACUUCAAUCGGAUGAGCACGAUGCAGAUAAGAGCGCAAUUCGCGAGUCUAACUACAGUGUGCUCUAUUCGGCUCCAGAUGAACAUCUGUCAUCCGAUGCCCAGUACGCUUUUGGUGGCGAUACUGAAGUAGACACUGAAGUCAACACAGAGGAAGAAUAUCCUGCGCAAGGAGAGACCGAGGUUGGCAGUACAAGCACAAACGAGCUUGAUGCUGAUGAGGUACAUCGUGUGGAGCGUGAAACUACAAGCAGGGAUGAAAGUGUGGUUGCAGAAGCACGCGCAGAGAAUGACACACAUUACGACCGUGUGCAGGUUGUUGAACCACACCAAGCCACAACAUCCACGCCCAUCCCCGAAGCAGAUGAACAAAAUGCUGAGACAUCACCAGCACCACUUGUCAAUGCUCCACAAAUUGCGAUGCCCCCUCCUACCUUAACUACCAUUCAAACUGACACUCAAAAUACUGUACCUGCUGCUCUCUUGACCCCGAUCGGUAGGGAGCCUGGAAGCCCAACUCUCCGACCCCUGGACUCUGCCAAUCUUCCGAUACCAUCACCGUUUCCUGGUGAACGGGAAAACAGCGCUACCUCUUACUUUGAUCAACUAAUCGCCAAUGAGCAAACUGUCGAACCAGAAGCCGAGGAUGAAGACGAAGAGAAACCACCAAGCGAAGCAAGCUAUAUUGGCGAGACGUCUUUCUUUAGUUCAAUUGGUUCCUCGAAUGUACCCGCAUUUCACCCGAAUCAUGAGUCAGCCUUCGCACCUUUGCGCUUCACUUUCGGUAUGGAUGGUGCUGGAUCUUCGCGCCCUAUAGAGCUCUCGUCGCCACCACCGGAAGCCCAGCCAGACGAGGAAGGCAAAGAUGUGCCAGAGGCAUCGGGUUCGACUACAAUCGCUGAUACUUCAUUUGAUACUUCUGAUGCGGGUGCCCCCUCGGCAUCUCAGAAUGCAGGUGACGCCCAGACAGCCAGCGAGAAUGCUCAAGAGGUACCUGCAACAGAGGCGCAGAACACUGUUGAAGAAGCUCAAGAUUCCGAUGUAACGAUGCUUUCUUCAGGUGAGGAUGAGAGUUCGAGUGCCGAGGGACCUGACCAGGACACCGCUCAUCACACUGGCCAAGAGACUGAGGAUAACGCAAUUAGCCCAGCUGUACGUUCUGAAGGUGGAGUAGUUGAAGAACCAAAAGACAAUCGGCAAUCUUCGCUUAGUGGACACAGCUCACCUAUCGAACAUCAUAGUCCAAAGACUUCUCCCCAGGAUCGAGACCAACCUUCACCCGCAGCCCUCCAAAGUCACAGUGAGUUCGUAAACCAGGACCCCACAACCGAAGCCUACAUUCUUUCUGAAGCCCCGGAUGAGCCAGCCGCAACUCACAUGCCAUCCCAGGAACCGGAACCUAGUGAAGAUGUCGACCAGAUGGAGCAGUCCUUCUCCAUAGACCACUCGUAUGAAGCUUCUAUAGAGGCUACCGACGAUUACUUGCAGGACGCUUUUCCAAUGGACCACAUGUCACACGAGUUCCAGGAUGAACAAUACACUCAAACAGAGCAAGGUUCGGUUAUGGAAGAUCAGUGGAUAGAAGACCAUUUCGAUUCACAAACUGACCGCUCCAAGGCUUCCAUGGCAUCUGAGGUUCCUGAUCUGUCUACCAACGAGCUUUCUAUGAUUGAAACCGAACAGGGCCACGACAUGAAUGGAGUGGAGACUGUAGAUACACCCCGUACUGUGCCGGCUAAGAAUACAAGAUCCAAGGUCAAAGCUCAAACUCCGUUGGUAAAGGAUGAGGUGCCUGCCUCUAUUCGUACCACGCGCUCGACACGGUCCCGGGGUUCUGUGACUUCCAUCCCUCGCUCAGUCAUCUCUCCUCCCCGGACACGCGCGCGUUCGGCGAAAUCUCCAUCACAGGUAGCCACACAGGUCUCACCAAACAGCAUCAAAACUAGGUCAGAAUUUUUGUCUCCAGAGAAGAAUAUUCCGGCUCACAUCUCUAAUACUGUCCGCGAGAGCCCGCGGAAAUCUUUGCAGAGAAGCUUAAAACAAGAAUUCGAUACAGCUCGGUCUCGAAAUGAGAAAGAUGGCCCAUCAUCUCCCAAGUUCGAGUUGUCACAAGAUCAGAAUGCAUCCGAGAAUGAACAUAUGAACGAUGUUCUUGUCAAAGACUGGGCUGAGCGGAACACUCACGCUGAGUAUUCCGCGUCUCCUGCACGUACAUUAGAAGACUUGACCGAGACACAGAAAUCGGAGUUUGGUAGUCCCAUGAAGCGCGAUGCUCCUAACAGAGAAGACGAUGUGGUUUCAGAAUAUCUCUCGGGCACUGACCUAGAGUCAAAAACAAAGCCCAAGGCCAAGCAGGGACGAAAGAAGCCUGCGCCAAAGGCAGUUGUCGAGACUCAAAGUAGUGAAGCUGCAACAUCUGAAUCCGGCAGUCCCAGCAGGCGGCUGCGAUCGAAAGGGCCUGCCGAGCCGGUCACUCAGAGUCCUCGCAAUGUGCGAAGAACAAGAAGGAAUGUGUACAACGUUUCUGAGCGUCAAGAAAGUGAAGAGGUUAGCGAGGCAGAUCCAAAACCUGAAGACAAGUCACAACGGGGUGAAAGUGAAGGCCCGUCACAAACAUCUGCAGUCGAGGCCGAAGACUCAAUGCGCAGCUCUACACUCAAAUCACAAGCAGCUUUACAAAGGCAAAGGCUCAUGACUCCGGACGGAACUCAGCAAACUACCAAUGAAGCUCAGUCAAACUUUGUCGCUGCACCCACAGGACAGGACUCAUUAUUAACUCCCCAACCCACCCAGGCGACAUCCGCCAAACUCCGUUCCUCCCAGCAAGAUAUCGACAUGGACGCCACACCCGCAUCACCCAGCGCCCAAAAGUCUCCCAAUACCAAAACCACACCUGGCCGCACCAAAGCAACAACAAACGCCUCAUCGACCUCCCUAUCCCCAACUCUCACCUCAAAACCCGACUCCGCCGAAGCCACCCAAGAAACCCCCUCAAUCGGCCUCUCAACCCCCCUCUCCUAUUACACUCCCCUCAAAGAUCUCCCUUACUUCCUCAACCGCUCCUCCCAAUUUCACUCUUCUGCAAACCCAGACAUCCUCGCCCUCGUCACCUCCGCCACGACCGCGUCUGAAAAAGCGAAAAAGGGGCCUAAGCACUGGAAUACGACGUUGCAUAUCACAGAUGCGAGUUCCUGGCCCGCGACAACAACAGUCCAGUGCUUCCGUGCGUACCACGAGGCGCUGCCCGAAGCGAGUGUGGGAGACGUGGUGUUGCUAAGGGCGUUUGCGGUGAAGUCGUUGAAUAGGCAUCCGGCGCUUGUGAGUGCAGAUGAGAGUGCGUGGUGUGUGUGGCGGUGGGGGAAGUCGGAUUGGGGUGCUGAGAAGGGGACGUUUGGGGAGUUGAAGACGAGGGAGGAGGUUAAGGGGCCUGAGGUUGAGCGUGGGGAGGGCGAGUGGCAUGAGGUGGAGAGGCUGAGGGCUUGGUAUGAGAAUAAGGUUAAGCAGGAGUUGCAGGAAAAGGAAGAGAGUCAAGUUAAGACGAGGAGUAGGGAUAAGGCAAAGGGAGCUGCUGGAGGCAGUGCAGAUGCAUAG